AUGCUCGGCGUCGUGCACUUCCUCCGGAGUUUCUUCAAGGUGAGAGCCACAGCCCGAGACCCCCGCGAAGGUAGCUCGGGAUGCUCCCCGCACCCGGCGCGGGGAGGGGAGCCGGCGGCGCCCGCCGCCGCGCCCCAGGCUUCCGCGGGGUCCGUCCCGGAGGGGAAGUACCGGGCGUUCUACUCAGUUGCUCCAAGUAAUAAUCUUAUUAUGCAACAUGUGAAUGUUUAUAAAGACUGUCUCAGGACCUUGGUGGUGGCAACAGGUUACAGGGACUAUUACUUGGGCUGCAGAGCAACAGAUGCCUAUGCACAACUGGCAGAGAAGGAAAAGUCCUACCAGGACCCCUUCAGUUUCUUAUCCUUGUUGGCAGAGAGAGGUUCUAGACCCCAGGUCCUGGAGCAUUUGUUGGUAAAAAGGCCUGGCCAGUGUGGCCAGGGCUCUGCCUGCACCUGCUUGUCUUGCUGCGGCUCUUCCCUGCAUCGGAUGUACAUCACAGUGGGGCAGCUGGUCAAGGCAGUUGCUCCUGGCUCCCAGGUGCCUCUAUGGGCAGCCAUCAUUAGUUCAGGACCUCUCUCUUCUGGGGCCUCUCUGAACAAAGGAGAACCGGAGGUCAGACCAUCAGCCCUGAUGGCCCUGAUGUCAGCUCUGCUGAAUUUCCAGGAUGUGGAGGUACAGGGUGGAACCAUGGAAGCCACUAGCCAUUCAGCAGGAGCACUCUGUAGCUUUUCCAGUGCUCUCAUGGCUGUUGCCACCGUUUUGUGUACGUGUCAGGGCGUGUUCACAUCACAUUUCACAUGUCCACACUCCUACAUGACCCAGAAGACCCCAGAGGCACGUGCACACCUGUCAGGUGAAGGUGAGACUGAAGAUAACCAGCUCCCCCGACUCCCUACAGAAGCAGAAGAGCAGAACUGGAGCCAGGAAACAGAUGGUGAUGAUUUUGAGACAUUGUCCCAUCAGAGUGAAACUCGAUCAGACACAAAAACUGACCCCUUUGAGAGUGCCUCUGACACAGAGUCCCUCACCGGCAGUGCCUGCCUCUCUCCAACUGGUCCUUCCAUAGACACAGAAGCAAGCUGGAAGUGUCCGGAUGCCCCAACAACUAGACCACCUCAGGAUCAGCCUUUGACCAGUGUCCUUGGGCUUGAUGCGAAAGAACUAGACUUGUCCUCUGACUUAAAGGAAAAAUUGGGCAAAAAUGAGUCGCUCUCCUUGGCUGACAUCACUAGCGGAGGGGAAGAGUCCCUCUGGGACUGUGUGACCAGCCUGGAUAAGCUGCCUCUGCUAUCAGCGUGCACCUCUCAGGAUGUCACAGGCACCCGCAGUCCCCAGUGGGCUCAGAGGGUGACAGAUCAGGACUUCAGAGAACUUCGUGCUGUGACUCUCCAGAAAUCCAGGUCUGAGAGCUGUCUGGGCAUCCCUGGGGUCUGGCCUUGCCUUCUCCAGUGCCCUGAACCAGGCUGGAGCUGGCCACAUAUCCGCAACAGGACAGGGGUAGCAGCUCCACCUCACACAGGCCCACUGGAUACCACAGCCCCUCUGCAGGCACCAACAGAGAAGGGAGGUACUCUGCCCCCUACAGGGGACACAGACCUGUGCUGGACCCAGCCCUGCUUAGAUGAACACUGUUGCCCUCUGUCAGGCACACCAUGCCUCUCACAAGUCAAGUGUCACCACUGCACCCCAGAAAAUACUGUUGACAGUGGCAGGGCACCCCCAAGGCCUCACUGUGGGAAGAUUAGGGCACUGGCCAGAGCCCAUUCCAUUACAGAGUUUCCUUUUGUUUACCCUGAAGAUCAGGUAGGGCUGAACUUAAGGAAGCCUGGGGUCCAACGGAAAGAAAAGACAGCAACAGGAAAGAGCCCAAGAACACAAACCACCCUUUUCCGGGCGCCUACCCAUCAGCCUUGUGCACUUCUGGAUUCUCACAGAGGGGUUCCCAAUUUGCAAGGUCAGUACCAGCCCAGUGAAUGCAGCUUGGAAAAGGACUUUCAGGACACACCUUCUGUGGCUCUCCCACAGGAAAACCAGUUGGAGCAGGGCUAUACGUCAUGCCCAGCCACUUCAGGCCUUAUUUCAGAAUUGGUGCAGCAAGGAGGCUGGGAGGAAGUGCCGGGGCCUGCUGAGCACAAGCUGGGACACAGCUCAGAAAGCAGACCUGAGGAACCUCAAGGCUCUGGCCUGGCACCAGGCCCUGCUGAUGCGGGUGAUAAAGAAAAUCACCUGCAAGACAUUUUUGUCCAAGCAGAAAACCAAACCAGCCAUCCCACAUCCAGGUGUGUUCUCAGGGAGGAUAGAAAACGACUUCCUAGCGCCAACUCCCCGCAUCUCUGCAUCCCUAGUGGAGCCCAGGUGUGGGACAGAGGCAUGGUGGGUGGUUGGGUAGGGAGUGAGACCUCAGACGCCCCAGAGACCACCCUGAAAUCAAGAGAGAAGGAAGCAGAGGCGGGGAUGGUUCUAGACCUCACGUGUAGCGAACGUGCCUGGCAGGGGCUUUCCAGACGCCCAGCAGCCGCCGUGGCUCACCUUGGCCCUGGGCCUGAGGCGGAGGACCAGGGUCCAGGAGAUGUCUCCCAGCCUUCCUCCCCGAGCCUGCAGCCGACGCCCAGGGCAAGCUCGGCCUCUAGGAGCAGCUGCGUGCUCCUCGUGGAGCAGGAGGGUCUGCAGGCCCCUGGGACAGGCUGCCCUCCUCCAGAGCCACAGCUCACCCACCUGGCGGAGGGUGCAACAUCCUGUGCGCUUCCCUGUGGCGCCAGGUGUGGUCUGAGGGAGGCUGGCGGGGCUCAGGUCCCCGGAGUGGAGUUGGAGGAGAUGCUAAGCACAGAGGAUGAAGGCACGAGGACGCAGCCCGAAGCUUUCCUCACCUUAGAGAGCCUGGGGCCGCCCAGCCCAGAGAGCACAGGAUGGGAGCAGGGCCUGAAGACCCCAGAGGCCGUGGAGGACCGGGGAGCAGGGACCAAAGGGCGCCCUGAGGGCUGCGUCUCUGCAGGGGCGGUGCGGGACCCCUGCGCCCUGGCCCUGGCUGGCACGAACACGCACCCGCUGCCCGCCCCACUCCGCCGGCGCCCCAAGACAGGGCUGGAGCCGAGAAAGCGCCUCACGUUCCUCAAGGUGACUUCCCUCAGGAAGGGCAGGCCUCUGGCCUCGAGCCCAGGAGCAGGUCCGCCGCAGGACUGGACCACCGAGGGCCCAAGCUCCCCAGCACCGAGCCCCGCGGCCACCCCUGGCGGGGCCCCCGGGCUGCUGGACCCAGAGCAUGGGGGGAUGGCAGGGGACCCUGGGAGCAAACGACUGUCCUCUGAAAAUUGCAAUGCAAAAAGACUCAAAACAACAGAAAACAGGUUCCGGGCCAGGUUGGCCUUAGCUCAGAAGACUUUUUCCAAUUUUUUUGAGCCAAAAGUUCUAGAAAAAGAAAAGCUGGAAGAACUUUCUCCCGGUUCGCCCAAAGGCGAGAUGGAGAAGAGCGGGCAGCAUCUGAGCCCCUGGCGCGCACUCCUGAAAAGCAGGGACUCCGAGGGCCCCCAAGGCCUCUCUGCGACCACGCCUCCCUUCCCAGGACCCGAGGUCUCUCGUGCGCUCGGGUCUCCCUCCCCAGUGGCCAGCAGCGGCUCCGAGGAGUGGGCCCAGGACCCCGAGAGCUGCGACUGCACAGACCGCUGGACGCCCCCACGCUCCCGUGCGUCUUUGGCACCCAGCAAGUUGGUCUUUCCAGAACACAGGAGGAAAAGUGAGCCAGCCAUCAAAUGCACGUCCCGCCAGGGGGGCGGCAGGUACCUCCCUUCCAGGACCUUCCCUGAACAGUGCUGGCUGAUGCCCAGCCCUGGGGCCCAGCAGCCUGGCAUCAGCUGCACCCUCCCCUGUGGCUCGGCCUGUUGUUUGGCCUAUGAAAACCAAGUCAUGCCCUGCAGGCCCCUGAGCCCCAAGCCGAGGAGCCCCAGGCUCUGCUCACAGCAGACAGACUUUGGCUACCAGGGCAGAACCAGCGCCGUCUCCAUGGUUUCUCUUGGAAGCUAUAGCGAAGUCCACAACUGUUCCCAGGCCUCAGAAAGGCCCAGGACUCCCAAGUCCCGAGCAAGCCUCCUGCUUUCUCUGCAGACACUAAACCAGGAGGACCCAAGGGAAGAGGAUAGAAGCAGAGGCCAGCGUCAAGCCCGCCUGAGCCCAGCACCGUCUCUCAGAGACCUUCCUAGGAGCGAGGUGAGUGACCGGCUGACUGCACAUACCCUGUUACUUCUUAAGGAAAGAAGAGGGAAGUACAGUCAGAGCCUCGUGCCCUGGGGAGGACCGCCGGGCCACAGAUCAAGCUGCCUCCGUGGUCAGAAGGCUUGUCACACAGAGCCAGCUCAGAGGCUCUUCUCCACCACUUUUGCAGAGCAUGUCCCCAGGGAGGCAGCUUCACAGCCCAGGCAGUUUUCUCAGCUCUUGCAGGCCAGUGUGGAUGACCUGUGGCUGGAGAAGAUGCAGAGAAGGAAGCUGGAGACUCAGGCACAGGCUGGAGGCAAGAUACACACCAAGACUGCACAUGUGGAUCGAGUACAGGUGGCUGCCAUGUCCUCACUCUGCCCCAUGCUGGCACUCGCCAUGCGUGGGCCCAGGAUUGCAGCACACAAAGUAACUUACUGGGUUAUUAGAAUCACAGGUGUGAGAAAUUGUCUGAUAGCUGCCAAUUUCUGCAACCUUACAAUCUUGCUGCUGGCAUCUGUUGUCUUUUCCCCUUUCAUGAUUUCCUUCAGUUCUGUAGACAUGUUUAUAAUGGAUGCUUGA